CUCAAAGUCAAAGUCAAAACUGCUGUCAGUGUCAAACAGAAAUCUCCACGAAGCUCCAUUGUUUUGAUUUUUGUAGAAGUUAACAGCAAUGAGUGGGUCAGACAAGAAAUCAAAGUUCCCGGAGGCCCCAACGCCGGCCGCGAUCCCAGGGAAUUUGCUUUCUAGCGUGGCCCCGCCGACGCAGCUUCCAAACUUUGUCACAACCAGUGAUACCAAUCCAAAUGUACCACCAGCACCAGUACCUAUUCAGCCAGUUCUUGUUCAGAAAAGUGCUGAACCAAGGCCACAGAUUGAAGAGUCAUUUAGCCCUGCAAUUCCACUGAGCAAAGGGGAACCCCUCAUAUCUAUCAGAUCACCAGAGGAUUCCCAAACCACGCAGUCACCUGAAUCUCUACCAGCCUCCACACCAGAUGUGGACCAGAUCGGUGACAUAAUGCCGGGCAGCGGAUUGUUCACGUGGGUUAAGGGCGCAGUAUCCACGGGAGGCAUUCUGCAUCGCGUGGCCGAGAAAGCCAAAAGUUCAGUGGAUUCCAUGAUCACCACCCUCGACCCGCAGAUGAAGGAAUAUCUAAGAAGCGGUGGCGAUUUGUACAUAGUAGUGGCAUCAGAUAAAGACGUCAAAGUGUCACCAAUCAGAGAAGCAUUCCAGACCGUAUUCGGUAAAGCCACCGUGGUCGGCGUUCCCGCCCAAAGUAACGUGACGGCUGAGCAGCCAAUCGGAUACGCGGCCGCGUACGCGGCUGCUAAACAGCGAAUAGCGCACAUCCGUUCUAACUCCGAAUUGACCAAUAACGUGCCUGUUGUCGCUGUCGAGGGUUUUCUACAUGAAGCUGUGAGCGAUAAAUGGAACGAUCUAUCUCUGCUAGUUCUAUCGCAGCCGUCGCUGGGAAUCGAGCUGCAGGUGCAGUCGCAGGGCGCGGGCGUGCCGACGGCGGCCGUGGCGGCCGCUAGGGCGGGAACCCCCGAGGACUACCAGCACCACCAGACUGGCUUCAGUGUCACCAUUGGCUCUAUCAUGGCUGCUAGCUUGCAGGUCCCACACACACAAUGGCAGGAAGCGGCCACCGGAGUCUCCCGGAGGGAAACUAUACUUUUAGCCGCGAAAUCGCUAGCUGGCUCGUACAAGAGGUUGUUGGCUGUGUCAGCGGCUGAGACCUAGUGCAUUUAGGGUUUACUCUGAUUAAAGUUAGAUAACCGAAAGCACGAAUCUUAUUACAUACGAUAAGUUAUAUAGUCAUAUUAUUGUAAUAUAGAUAUAAUAUAGAUAAGACUUAAAUAAAUUAAUUUAUAAUGGGGC